AUGGCACUUUCUACACCAGCAGCUUAUGCUCUAUUUUUCAUUACAGUUUUCUCAUUUUUAAUUAUUGGAUUGUAUGCUGCAUAUAAAAAUACGAAAAAUAAAUCCGAUUUUUUAUCUUCUUUAAGAACUCAAACUGCUGUACCAUUAGCACUUAACUGGAUAGCUUCAUGUCUUGGAUCAUCAUCAUUGUAUGCAUAUCCAGAGGUAGGAGUAUUAGCAGGAAUAUUAGGUGUAUUUAUGUAUGCAUUCGGGACUAUCGUUUCAUUAUUCGUGUUUACACUUUUUGGACCAUACAUUCGUAAAAAAUGUCCUGAAGGAUUCACCAUAACAGAAUUUGUGUUGAAGAGAUUUAGUAUCGUCAAUCAAAUUUACAUUUCAUUGAUGUCAUUGGCUAUCAAAUAA